AUGAGAGAUAAUAUAGCCGUGCGGAUGGUUCUGGAGAAGACUAUAAACUGCUACCUAGUGGUCCAGCUUCAUUGCCAGAUAAGCAGUUUUUGUUUUAUUGAUAUGAUGAACAACUCUAUCCAGAUUGUUAAGGUACCAAUUGCAGUCUCCGUUACGCUCUUUGAAGCCAAAUUCUUAUGCAAAGGCACCAGGCUGUGGGAUAGUAGCUGGUAUGGUGGGUAG